AUGGCUAGACCACAACCUCAGCAUUGGCUACACAAUCUCUCAAAACCACAGCAAUGGCGCCAUUUAUUUCGCGCUACGCUGCGCGAAUGUACCUACCUACCUGACCCCAUCGCCCGCAACUACAUGAAAGACCAUAUCAUCUCCCGAUAUCGUGCUGCUUCCUCCCGUUCCCCGAAGGCUGGUCCCCAGGCGGUUCACGCGGCAAGAAAUGCGUUGUCAGUUCUACGACGAGCAAAUGAAGGCUAUUCACGGCCUCUCGAGAAGGUGUUAUUAUUGUCAUACGGUCGCACUGGGAGACGGCGACAUGAGCUGCUGGCAAAAAUGUUAACACCGGAAAUCCCUGAUGACUCUUUAGCUCUCAAAGAGCUAAUCUCCCGGCCUGCUGAUUUCAGUGAUGACUGGGAACCCUCAGCUAUCGUGAAGAGCCUUGCAGCCUCUCAAAUGCAGAACACAGUGGUUGCAGCAGUCCGCAUCAGGCCGUUGAUCAAACAAUUGGAACCUCCGAUCCCCAAGGAGGACAGCUGGGGGAGAGAAGUGUGUCAGUCUCGGAAGAGAAAUAUUCGAAGGAAAUGGUACAAUGCCACAUUGAGCAGUCUCCUUCCACCAUUACCAGAGAAGGAUCACCAGGUGCUUAUGGGACUCAUAUCGGGGACUGUGCCAUGGGAGCCUGUCAAAAGGAGAGGUUCAAAUCCCCAGAUUCCCCAGACCAAGCCUGGAAUCAAGUCUGGUAGUGAGCUCUUUAGGUUGCUGGCUAGGGGCCCUGAAAAGGGUACCACCUUUGCCGAAUAUGCCAAUGGCCGGCCACAUACCAUUACAAUCCGGCUCAUGCGUCGUCAAUGGAGACGUCUGUCUGCUCUUGUACCACGACAAUACUGGAAUCCGAUAUCGCAAAGGUGGCGUUUUAUGUGGGAAUCACCAAAGGAAGUCCCGCAGCUAUGCUUCGAUCUGGACAGUAGCAUCAACCCAGAGGCUUUUUUUCAAAAAGCCAAUUUAGGCAAAGGAAGACAAGGCUGA